GAAGAAGGAAGUUUCAGAGUUUUCAGAGUUGCGAAACUUGUUGUGGCAACAAUUCAGUCAUUUCCAACCAAUGACUGAAGUCUUUACUCAUGGUUUCCUUUUUACUGAAAUAUUAUUCAUAUAACGUUGGCGGAAGUGAAAUUUUGAUGUCAAAACUACACGCAGUCUGCCAACCCCUCCUCACACUGACCAACAGUUCUCUCCAGUCUUAUGUUUGACUCACUUAUAUUUUUGACUUCUGUUUGGAUGAGUUUUAGUGAAUGCAGCAGUUGUAAAAAGUUCAUUGAAUUAUAAAAUCAACUUUCUGAUUAGGAGCUAAAGACUUUAACAACGAUGUUGUUGGCAGAAGCUGGAUGUGUGUUACUGGGUUUCUUCCUGUACAUCUCAGGGGUUCAGGGACGAACAAACAGCAUCUGUGCCUUAAAAGGUUCAUCAGUGGAUCUGCCCUGCUCAGCUGAACAUCCCACUUCAAACAUGAAAUGGUACACUGAACACUGGAAUGGAUAUAACUUUGUUCUGAAUGAAGUCUCUGCAGAUGGAAAUCGUGUAACGUACAACAUGUCAGAAGAGAAUCACACAACUCUAACAAUCAAAGAUGUGACAGAGAGUGAUGCAAAGUUUUACUGCUGCAGAGAAAAUACUGACACACCAGAACUCUGCGGACCACACAAAACUCAGCUCCAUGUUACAGACCUGCAGGUGAAGGUGAUUCCCACCACAGAGGGACAGACAGUAUCACUGAUGUGUAACACCAGCUGUCCUCUGACUGAAAACCCUGCAGCCUACAUCUGGUACAAGAACGGAGAGUUUCUCUAUAAGGACUGGUCUCCCUGGUACCAACAGCUGGUCAGCAGUGAGGAAGCAGUCACAUACUCCUGUGCUAUCAAAGGCUACGAGGAUCUCAGAGCCCCUGAAGUCUCAGUGGAUUCUGUCACAUCGACCUGCUUUAGUGUGACCUAUGCUAAAGGGAGAAUGUGUUCUGAUAAGCAGACAUCAGUGGAUGAGCCCUGCUCCAUCACAUAUCCCAGAGAAUUACGAGUUCAAAAGACUCAUGGAGAGACAUAUGUCAAACUGACCUGUGGCACCAGCUGUCCUCUGAUAGACGCCCAAACUGCAUAUAAGUGGUACCAAGGUGGAAAGUUAUACCUAUACAACAGUAGACAACAGCUUUUUGUCACCUCCUCUGAUGAAGGACAGUCCUGUGCUGUAAACAACCACGAGGAUCUGCACUCUGCCCAAGUCUGCCCUGAUGAUGAGAACUGCUGGAGUGUGAAUUAUGUCAGCAGGAGAAUCUGUGCUCUGCAAGGCUCUUCAGUGAACAUCUCAAGUGAAUAUUUACAUCCUGAAAACCAGCAGCCAAAAUCUAAAUGUUGGUAUAAAAUAAAGAGAAGUGUUGAGGAGGAUGCUGAAGAGCUGAUUAAGGCUGCAGGUCGAGUGGAGUAUCAUGACAACAUGAAGAACCACCACAUCCUGACAAUCAAUGACCUGAAGAAGAAUGACUCAGCAGAAUACACAUUCAGACUACAAGAAGAAAAUGGAGAAUGGAAACAGUCUGACUUUUCCGGAGUAACUUUGGUUGUCACAGGCCUGACAGUGAAGUUUGCUCCUUCUGCAGUGGUGACAGAGGGUCAGAGAGUCACACUGACCUGCAGUACCAGCUGUCCUCUGUCUGACAACACAAACUACAUCUGGUACUUGAACAGUCGACCUCUGACCCUGCCAGAGAACCAACACAAACAGCUGGUUCUAGAUCCAGUCAGCAGUCAGCAUGCAGGAAACUACUCCUGUGCUGUGAAAACCCACAACAUGCUCAGCUCCUUUGAAAAGACUCUCACUGUCCACAGUAACACAGGAAAAUGGACAGCAGCAGCAGCUGCAGGAGGCGUAGCUGUUCUCCUGGUUAUCACAGCUCUCAUUGUCUUCUUCUGGGUUAGAAAAAAGAGGUCUUCUAGUCGAUCUCCAACAACUGAAACAUCACUCCACGUGGAACAGCUAAACCCUGAUGGCAUGUAUGAAAACAUUUCAGCUCAGUCAACAGAGCAGGAUGACCAUCACUACAGCAGACUCCACUUCUCUAAGAACCACAAAGAAGAUCUCUACUCCACCCUGCAGACAGCGCAGUGAAAGGAAACAAACGUUUGUCAUGGUAUGUUGCAUAGGAGCCUGCCCUGUUUUAGUCAGUGAAAUAACUUCAUUAUCACAGCAUAGCAUCAUUUACAAGUGUAAAGUUCAAUGCAAACAUAAACCAGAGAACGUAUUUCUCUGUAGGACAAAUCUUUAAACAGGAGAUGUGAUGCAUUUUGUCUGUAUAAAGGAUGCAAGUGGUCAAGCAGCAGAAAGCAGCCUUCACUGUGUGAAAACUCUCAAGAGUGUUUCAAAAAUAGUAUUUUACAAGCAGAAAGGCCACAGAUCAGAUUCUUUGAUGACUUUUUGCUGUUGGAUUGGACAAAUUUUAAAGCCAUGUUUGCUACAAAUGAAUCACAGUCUUAAAUAAACAUAAAUUAACCAUUUAUGAUGUUGAAAUCAUAGAAUGUUAAUGAACCAAUAUUGUAUUGAUCUGUUUUUACUGAUCUGUCUGGUUGAAACUGAUCCAAAAAACAAAAACAAAAAAAUCUCCAUUAAGCUGUUGUAGCUAAAUGCAAGAAAACUGUAAAUAAAAUAAAUAUAAUAUUGCUCCUUAGUGUGGUAACAAAUCUGUUCAUUAUACUGUUACACUUUUCACUAUAUUUUAUUUUGCUUUGUGUGUCUUCCUUUGAGAAAUAUGACUGUGACUUGUUACAAGGGCCAGGCAGGAGUUUGGGUUGUAAAAUUAUGUUUGAGUUUCUCUGAGCAGUUCUUUAACUUACUAUGCUAGGAUAAGGGCUUAUUCAGUCAUCAUCGGAGAACUCCCUGUCAGGAUAACAACUGAACUUCAGUUGAACUCAUAAUCAAGUAGGAAGCUCCAUGGUCAUAUCAGGGGCAGAGCAAGAGCUGUAUAAAUGUUUGUUACUUUCUCUCACUCUUUGUCAGACUCAAGUGAAGAUCUCUGACCUUUCAGCUGAAACACUUAUAACCUGAUUUGCUUUGUGUGAUAUUCUUGUUGCUGUCUUGUUCAUGUUGUCUUCUUAACCUCAUUCUAUUUCUACUCUGAAUAAAUCACCAA